AUGAGUACUCUUAUUUGCGAGGAACCCUUCUCAGCUGCUGUUGAAUCUGGACUGUUACAAAAUGUCUGUCACUCCUGUUUCUUGUAUUCUCGUGAGCGGAAGUUGAGAUUUUGUUCUCGAUGUUUAACGGUCCAUUACUGCAGUGUGAAGUGCCAAAGGAAUGACUGGCACGAUCAUUCAGCCGAAUGUAAAUGUUUGAAGAAGUAUUCGCCGCGAAUUCCAAGCUGUUUUGUUCGCCUUUUGGCACGUUUCUACUGGAAGAUGUCGGCAAAAGGACAAGCUGCUGUCUCGUUCAACUCCAGACGCUGUUAUGAUUUGGCUGACAGUGAACGGAGAUCACCUACCUUGGGUUCGUCAUCAACGCACAAGGACGAUCCAGAAAGGAUCAAAGCUAUCCAAAAGAUGCCCGCUCCGAAGGACGUCAGUCAACUUCGAUCUCUUCUAGGACUCAUCAAUUUCUACGGGAACUUCGUCAAGGAUCUCCACAGUCUACGCGCUCCUUUGAACUCUCUUUCGAAAAACGAUGUUGUCUACACUUGGACACCAGAGUGCCUGUCUUCCUUUGAUAAGAUUAAGGAAAUCCUAAGCUCGGAUCUCCUGUUGACCCACUUCGACCCAGGUCUCCCUAUCAUCGUUGCCGCUGAUGCUUCAAAUUACGGAAUGGCAGCAACCCUCUCACAUCGCUUCGCAGAUGGAUGCGAGAUCAUUUAUCACGCCAGCCGUUGCCUGACACAACCAUGGAAGAAGUAUAGACAGAUUGAAAAGGAAGCACUCUCUCUUAUUUUCGCUGUGCAGAAGUCCAAUCGUUUUAUCCAUGGACGACAUUUUACGCUGAGGAUAUCCGCCGAAUCCAUUCGGACUGCUACGCAAGCCGAUCGUCUUAUCCAGCUUGUGAUCGACUAUACGAAGUCCGGAAACAGGCCCAAAGUCAACCGCCAUUCUCCUCUGUGGCACUACAACAACCGCAGAAAUACCCACUACACAAAGCUCAUCCAGGCCGAGGAUGAAAAUGCUUUCAAGAAGGUUUGUCUGUUGGCCUACGAUGGAUUCCGACAUCGAAAAACUUGUCAGGACCUGCCCAAGAUGAGCAUCCGUGGCAAAGCCGAACUACAGUCAUGGCCGAAACCACGCUCGCCAUGGACUGGAGUUCAUGCUGAUUUCGCUGGACCGAUGGAAGGACGAUACUAUCUACUUAACGUUGACGCCUACUCCAAGUGGCCGGAAAUCGUCCAGAUGCCAUCGAUCUCCUCAACAGCUACUAUUCAAGCAAUGAAGUGGAUCUUUGCCAAGUUCGGAAAUCCUGAGACGCUCGCCACAGACAAAGGAACGCAGUCCACUUUUUUCUGCUCUUCCUACACUGUUCCCUUUGUUCGAAAAGAAGUAUGGACUCGACACGUAAACCAGUUGCGACCCAGGAUCGCCACAACAGCGGCUAACACUUUCUUGGAUGUGUUCGACGUACCACUACUCGACUCCGCGAGCAAGAACGAUGGUGCUACGCUGACUGCCGACUCGUUCCAAUGA